ACUGUUCAUGUGGAAGAAUUUGUUAAACAUAACUUUCAACAGUACAGAUUAUAUUAUCAAUAAUAGUAAUGAUGAUGGUGGUGGUUAUAAUGAUGGUAAUGAUGAUGAUGAUGGUGAUGAUGAUGGUGAUAAUGGUGAUGGUGAUGAUGUUGUUGAUGAUGUCGGUGGUAAUGGUGAUGAUGGUAAUGGUGGACUUGCAGUGGUGAUGAUGGUAAAAAUGACUGAUGAAGGAGGUGAUGGCGGUGAUGAUGGUAAAAAUAAUUGUGAUUAUGGUGAUGCUAGGCUUGAUAGUGGUGAUAAUUGAUGAUAAUAAUAGACCUACCAUCAACCAUGGACAUGAUGACAAAGAUGAAUGAUGAGUUCUGUGAGUUGUUAAUCAGCCCAAAGAGGAUGGAUAACGAAGAGGUGUCACUGUUACAACAAGUUUAAUUAGAAACAUUCAGACACAAAUAAUGAACCGAAAAAAACAAAAAAAUGUGAGAAACAGAGAAAAUGAUGCGCGCCAUCUUCGAUGAAUUAUCACCACAAAAUGGCAGCUUCCACAACAGAGUGUGUGCAGACCGCGACUGAUCGCUGUCUCUGAAGAAUUUAUUUAUUCUUUGUCUUCCCUCUUGUUACUGUAUGUCGAUGAUCAUGGCUGCUGUAGCAGAUAUCACAGCACACCUCAGAAAGACAAUUAUAAGCUUGAGGAAUACAAAUGCUAUUGAGAAGUCUUGUAGAAUUCGAACCGUUUCAUCACUUUCUUCACAUUUCGAUUCGGCUGCCAGUGCCAGCGCUAGCGAGAGGAGCGGAAGCUCUGGCGGGGACCUGCCCGCGAGAAACGGAUCAAUCUUGGUGUUGACGAGAAGCCCGAUUCAGGUUCCAUCUCGAACUCAAAGACGAUGUUUGCACUCGGUAUUGUCUUCCCAGCAUUUACAUCAUCCACCGUCAAAUGUUCAUAUAUCAAGGGGCCUGGCUUCGAAAGCUCACAUGAGGUACAACAAGAGGAAAAAGGCACCAGUAGAUCUGUUUCAAGGAUUAGACCCUUCCCAGCCCAGAUUAGGUUUUGAAAAAGUCAAGGAAUUAGAAACAGCUAAUGAUACUGUUAAGAAAAUAUUCAGCUUGGAGUUUGGCACUGGGACUGAUUUGCAUAAGAUGAGGAGGAAGCUGACCCAGGAUUCCGUGAGAGAUAAACCAGAUGAGAAAGACGACUUGGCUGUUAAAAUUGCCACCAUCACUGAACACAUAAGGGCCUUAGCACCACAUGUGGAAAACAAUAAAAAGGAUUCCGUCAACAAAGUGCGUAUGCUGAAUGCAAUCGACCGACGGCGCAAGAUGCUCAAAUACCUGAGGAAGCGCAACUACGCGCGCUUCGAACGGCUCCUGCUGGAGCUCAACUUGACCUGGACUCCUCCGCCGGACUAUUACGUCAAAAAGACCAGGCGCUCCAUGGAGAAGAAGGCGGUGGUCAAGGAGGGCUAUAUGAAGAAACAGCAAGCGCUGAAGGAGUUUGAGGAGAGAUGGAGGCAGGAGAAACUCCUGGAGAUUGCCAAGUUGAAGGAGGAUCUUGGGAAGGAGCUGACUGAGGAGGAGAGUAAUCUUUUGUUAAAGAGUAGAGAGGAGACAGCUCUAUAGGCCUCUGCUCCUAGAAGAGAUAACGUGAAAGAUGAACUUCAUCAAAUGAUGAUAUGUCCUUGUGUAGAGCCACUUUAUGUCUGUCAGAUUUUGGCACCUUGUGCUCCACAAUGUGCACCCAGCUUUAAUUGGCUGCCAGUGAAUGAUAGUAUUGUGUAGGACUGCUUUGCAAUAAGGGGGAACACUCUGCAUAUCAGCCGAUGUGUCAGAGUUGUAAUUACUGAAACAGCCAAAGUAAGACUGCUCUGGUGUGAGACAGGUAUAUGUACAGUUCAAAGAAUUACCAAAAGAUGCAAUAUCUAAUUAGUAUCAAAUAAAAUAUAUAGGUGAAUUCAUUAUUUUAUUUUUUUUGUUUUGGGAUUUCUACUGGAAACAAUCCUUGUAAUAGUAUCAGCACAGUCUGUUCUUAGUUGCUUGAACAAAAACUUAAUCAUUGGUAUGGGCUAAAUUAGCUGGAACCUAGAGUGGGGGGUCCUCAGAAAAUCAUUGAAAGUACUGCAAUACCAUUCACAUGUGAAAUCUUAAGAUUGGAAAAUGACAGAUUUUUAGAUAAAACCAUUACCCUUUUGUCAUCUCUGCCUCUGAGAUUUUCAGUGUAAUUACUUUAUUAUAAAAUAUCUGAUGUAAAAAAAAGUAAAGAAAAGAUAAAUUGUAGUGUGAAGUUAACCCCAAAUUUUACAAACGAAAUAGUAAUAAAGUAUGCAUAAAAUGAUACAGUUUAAAACCAACAUAUUCCUAUGAUUGAGGUAUGAAACAAGAAGCUUUCUUAUAUACUUGAAUGAUGAAGCCUUGCAAUCAUACAUUGUCUGUGCAGUGGAUGAUGAGCUUGAUAUUUUGCAAAAUUAUGGAUUUAUUAAAGAGAGGGAAAUGAAAUUCA